AUGGACUUUAAAAAACUUGCUGAUGAAGUCUCCCAAGAGGUUUUAGCAUUCAGCCGAGAUACAUCGGGCUGGAAAGUGACUAAAACUUCAAAAAAGAUAACCGUUUCCUGGAAGCCUUCUAGAAAUUACGAUGGACAUUUAUAUCGGGCAGAAGGAAUAAUACCAGAGACUCCAGCUAAACUCAUUCAGUUUAUGUACCUUCCUGAACACAGAAGCAAGUGGGAUAGAUCAUUACAUACAUACAGAAUGUUACAAAGGAUUGAUUCGGAUACAUUUAUAUUGCAUACCAUUACAAAUAGUUUUGCCAUGGGCUCAAUUGCCCCCAGAGACUUUGUCGACUUAGUACAUAUCAAGUACUAUGAAGGGGAGAAAGUGAUUGUCAGUUCUGUUAGUGUGGAAUAUCCACAAUGUCCUCCAACUUCGACUUAUAUCCGUGGUUAUAACAACCCUUGUGGCUACGUAUGUUCACCACUGCCAGAGAACCCUGGAUACUCCAAAUUGGUGAUGUACGUACAACCAGAACUGAAAGGAAAUUUAUCCCGGGCAGUGGUUGAGGCAACAAUGCCUACCAACUUACUGAAUUUGAUCCAUGAUGCAAAAGAUGGAAUAAAGGCACAGAAGGCUCAUUCAGCCCAUUCAUCCCCAAAAGGCCAUUCAUCAUCACUCCAUAAGAAAUGAGGUGGUUCUACAGCUUCUGAAUCAUGCACUUUCUUCAG